UUCUCUCUCAAUUUCUGUUUGGAUGGCAGCAUUUCCUUUUCUCUCGAUUUUCUUUCCUCUAUUUCCAGCAGCAGCUUAGAAAUUAAAAUCCCCCCAUUUCUCUCUCUCUCUCUCUCUCCCUCUCUUUAUAAUAUAAUUGGAUUGGAGAGAAAAAUCAUAAAAACACAAUCCAAUUCAUUUUUCCUCCUAAAUCAAUCAAUCAAUCAUGCGACCUACUCCACCAGCCGCCAACUCCACCUCCUCCUCCUCCUCCGCCGCCGCCGCUGCAUCCAUGCCUCCUCCCCCUACCGCCGGCCAACGGAGUCGUCCCCGUCGUCGUACCGAUUUGACCCUUCCUCUUCCUCUACGUGACGUUGCUCUUGCUGUUCCUCUCCCUCUUCCUCCCACCUCUGCUCCUUCCUCCUCCUCCUCCUCCUCUUCCUCCCCUCUUCCUACACCUUUACAUUUCUCUGAGCUCGAGAGGGUCAAUCGCAUCGGUAGUGGCACCGGAGGUACUGUUUACAAGGUCCUACAUCGUCCCACAGGAAGGCUAUAUGCUCUCAAAGUUAUCUAUGGUAACCACGAAGACUCUGUCCGCCUCCAGAUGUGCCGUGAGAUCGAGAUUCUCCGAGAUGUAGACAACCCUAACGUGGUUAGGUGUCACGAUAUGUUCGAUCACAACGGCGAAAUCCAAGUUCUUCUUGAGUUCAUGGAUAAAGGAUCUCUCGAAGGGAGCCACAUCCCUUACGAGCAAGCUCUCUCGGAUCUAACACGACAGGUUCUCUCCGGCCUCUAUUACCUCCACAGGCGUAAGAUUGUUCACAGAGAUAUCAAACCAUCCAACCUCUUAAUCAACUCGAGGCGUGAGGUAAAGAUUGCAGAUUUUGGGGUCUCCAGAGUUCUGGCACAAACUAUGGAUCCUUGCAAUUCGUCAGUGGGUACCAUCGCUUACAUGAGUCCCGAGAGAAUCAACACAGAUCUGAAUCACGGGCAGUACGACGGAUAUGCUGGGGACAUAUGGAGUCUUGGGGUGAGCAUCCUAGAGUUCUACUUGGGAAGGUUCCCCUUCUCUGUGGGGAGGCAAGGAGACUGGGCCAGCCUUAUGUGCGCCAUUUGUAUGUCUCAGCCUCCUGAGGCACCACCCACUGCUUCCCGGGAGUUUAGGGAGUUCAUUGCCUGCUGUUUGCAGAGGGAUCCCGCCAGGCGUUGGACGGCGGUGCAGCUCUUGCGCCAUCCCUUCAUCACCCAGAAUAGCCCAGGCACCACUACCGGUAGCAUGCCCCUUCCUGCCACUAACUCACUGAGUAAUCAGGUCCAUCAGGCACAUCAAUUGUUACCUCCACCUCCUCAUUUUUCUUCUUCUUGACGUUUUAGGUUCGGAGAAAUUCCCCCCUCCUCUUUUGUUUUUCUAUUUUACUUAAUUUCUGGUUUUAUUUUGUGUAAUCUUAAAUGUUGUUACUCUCUAUUACUGGGGAUGAUGGAUGGUGGUGGUGAAGGGGUGGUUGGAUUUUAAUUUCUGGAGAAAGAAAAUUGGACAAAUGGGGCUGGUUAUGAUAAAGCUAGAGUCUUUCCAUUUUCAGCUGAUCAACAAUUGUUGUGUUACACUCUAUCAGGAGAAAGGAAAGUAGAAAUUAUGGGUUGCCCCAGCUUAGAGAAUCAAUUAAUGACAUCUGAUAAUAUUUGGAUAUAUGUUUUGUCAUCUUCAAAAAUGAAGUCUUUUAUGAAGCCAUGGACAUAUUUAGCUGUAAAGCAUCUCCUCCCAUGUUGAAGAUAAAUGACCAUGAAAAGUGAUGAAGAGAAAGUUUUCCUUAUUAUAUCUUUCCCUCAAGGAUGCAAUGUCUGUUUUUUUGCUAGUGAUUUUGUAUUGGAUUUGUGCAUUGUGUAUGUAUGGCUAUGCUAAAUUUGGUGAAGACGGCAGAACAAUCAAUUGCUUUUAUAGGUAGGGUCUAAAGUUUCUCUAGACCUUAUGAAUUUGUAGUUCAAAGCAAUGUUGUGAUUGAGAUAGAUUUAGUUUAAUUUUUCAGAA